AUGGCGACAGACUGUGCUGAGGAGCUGAGGUUGGUGGAUGGAGGCAGCCCCUGUGCCGGAAGAGUGGAGGUUAAGCACCAGGAUCAGUGGGGGACGGUGUGUGAUGAUGGCUGGGACAUGGCAGAUGCUGGAGUUGUCUGUAAGCAGUUGGGAUGUGGAGCUGCUGUCAGUGUCCAUCUUAGUGCUCAUUUUGGAGCAGGACCUGGACCAAUUUGGCUGGAUGACGUUGCCUGUGAUGGUACCGAGUCUGCGCUCUGGCACUGCAGGAACAGGGGAUGGGAUCAGAGUGACUGUGGUCAUGGAGAGGAUGCUGGAGUGACUUGUUCAGGUGCUGAUGAGCUGAGGCUGGUGAAUGGAGGUAGCCCCUGUGCCGGGAGAGUGGAGGUUAAACACCAGGAUCAGUGGGGGACGGUGUGUGAUGACAACUGGGACAUGGAAGAUGCUGAGGUGGUUUGUAAGCAGUUGGGAUGUGGCGCUGCUGUCAAUGCCCCUUCCUUGGCUCUGUUUGGACCAGGUUCUGGAACAAUUUGGCUGGAUGAAGUUGCCUGUGGUGGUACCGAGUCUGCUCUCUGGCACUGCAGGAACGGGGGAUGGGGUAAGAGUGACUGCAGUCAUGGAGAGGAUGCUGGAGUGACCUGUUCAGGGCACAUUAAGCCCCGGCUGGUUGGAGGGCAUAGUGGCUGUUCGGGACGUGUGGAAAUAAGAGAUGGAGAAACAUGGACCACAGUCUGUGAUGCCCACUUUGAUCUCAAAGCUGCCAACGUUAUCUGUAAUGAACUACAAUGUGGAACAGCUCUGUCCAUCCUAGGAGGAGCUCACUUCGGAGAAGGACAUGGACCAAUCUGGACUGAAGCGUUCCAGUGUGUGGGGAAUGAGUCUCACCAUGCGUUCUGUCCCAGGAUAUCGAACAUCAGUCAGACAUGCUCACACGCAAAUGAUGCUGGAGCCAUAUGCUCAGGGCACACAGGGCUCCGGCUGGUAAACGGCAGCACAACAUGCUCAGGGAGGGUGGAGAUCCAGGUUCUUGGUGCCUGGGGAACCCUCUGUGACUCACGCUGGGAUUUACCAGAUGCCAACGUUCUCUGUCGACAGCUCGACUGUGGACUCGCUAUAUCAGCCCCAGGAGGAGGGUAUUUUGGGAGGGGAACUGUCUCUGUCCGGACUGACACAUUUCACUGUAAAGGAACUGAACCUCAUUUAGGGUAUUGCCCUGUUACUGCCCUGGGGGCCUCUCAGUGCUCCCACGACAAUGAUGCCAGUGUGGUUUGCUCAGGUCACUCUGAAUCACUCAGACUGCUGAAUGGAGAGAGCCGGUGUGAUGGAAGAGUUGAGAUUUCCCUCCAUGGUGUGUGGGGCAGAGUGCUGGAUGAUCAGUGGGACAUGAAUGAUGCCAGCGUGGUGUGCUGGCAGCUCCGGUGUGGAGUCGCUGAGAAAGCUUAUAACCCCCCUAAGUCUGAGCGAGGAACAGGCCCCGUGGGGCUGAGAAGGGUCCAGUGUGCAGGAAAUGAGACUCGUCUGACUCUCUGUGACAACUCCACAUCUGAGACAGCCCAGGCAGGAAUUGCUGAGGACGUGGGUGUCGUUUGUUCAGGAAGCAGGCGGAUCAGACUGGUGAAUGGGGCAGGUCGCUGUGCUGGGAGAGUGGAGAUUUAUUACAAUGGCAGCUGGGGGACAGUCUGUGAUGAUUUCUGGGACCUACUGGACUCCAAUGUUGUCUGCAAACAACUGGGAUGUGGACACGCCAUCAGUGCAACUGUCUCUGCUCAUUAUGGGGAAGGAUCCGGGCAGAUCUGGCUGGAUGACGUGAACUGCUCUGGGAAUGAAUCCGAUCUCUGGUCGUGUCCUUCCAGGGGCUGGGGCCAGCACAACUGCAGACACAAAGAGGACGCCGGAGUUCUCUGCUCAGAGUUCACAGAUCUGAGGCUGGUGAGCGACAGUGACUGUGCUGGGCGGCUGGAGGUUUUCUACAAUGGGACGUGGGGCAGUGUUUGCUCCAAUGGGAUGUCUGAAGUCACCGCAACAAUUGUCUGCAAACAGCUGAACUGUGGGGACGGAGGGUAUAUUGCAGAAGUCUCAGAAUACGGAAAGGGUCCCACAUGGCUGGACAACGUUAGAUGCAGUGAGCAGCACAGCUCCCUCUGGCAGUGCCCAUCAGUGCCCUGGAAUCCAAAGUCGUGUGAAAACCGAGCAGAAGAGACCCAUAUUUCUUGCACUGACCAGGAGAAGUUACGUGUCGUGGGAGGAAAGGACAGAUGCGAGGGGAGAGUGGAGGUUUGGUACCAUGGUUCCUGGGGGACAGUUUGUGAUGACUCCUGGGACAUGGCAGAUGCUAACGUUGUGUGUAAACUACUGGGCUGUGGAUCUGCUUUAUCUGCCCCGGACAAGGCUGCAUUCGGCGAGGGGACUGGUCCCAUCUGGGUGGAGACAUUGAAUUGCAGAGGGACAGAGUCAUCUCUCUGGGACUGUCCUGCCAAGCCCUGGGGUGAGAGCAACUGUGGUCAUAAGGAAGAUGCUGCUGUGAAUUGCUCAGGUGUGACAGAGAGGACAGAUUCUCCAAAUACCCCAGCUCCCCCGCGCCGUCCUCCCACUGACAGUGGGAGAGUCACGGUGCCCGUGGUCGUCUGCAUUAUCCUGGGGGCCCUGCUCUGCCUGGUCUUAAUCAUCCUGGGGGCGCAGGUGCGAAGUGCCAGGGCACAGCACAGAGGUUCCAGAAGACCCUUGGAUCCCUUCUCUGAGGCCGUGUAUGAGGAGAUUGAUUAUAACCUGAUGAGAGAGAAGCAGGAGAUGUUCAGUCGCUCAGAUGGCAAGGUGAGAAGUGAAUCCGCCUCCUGGAAGCGAAACCUCACCUUGGACAAAAAUAACGAACUGUAUUUCCCAAUGGCCCUGCCCUGCCUGGAGAUUUCCCAGGGGAUGGUUAUGAUGAUGCCAGAGAAGUGUCUGAGCCUGAAGAUGGACCCUGGUUUGGGGCAGAAUGAUGAGAAAGGCACUUGUGCGGGGGACAGGAACAGGGAUUUUUACACAGGGGACCCAAGGCUGGAGUCUGCACUCUCUAAGGAAUGA